AUGACCCAAUUUGAAACUCUAACUUUUGAAUCAAUCACUGUAGCUAAUGUUAACCACCAAAAUUUGAAGGCAGACGAAGUGUUUGCAGAGGUGGGCAUCCACCUAAAUCCAAAGCCCAAAGCAACAGUCAAGGCUUCCCUACAAACACACGCAAAGGCAUCACUGAAAGCCAAAGUCGAUACUGGUGCCCAAGGGAAUAUACUCCCCCUAAGAUUAUACCGGGCUAUGUACCCCUGCGAAAUUGAUCUGAAGGGCAACCCCAAGAAAGGAGCUACAAAACAUUCUAAUACUAUCCUCACAGCAUAUGGGGGAUCCAAGUUACACCACCAUGGCACCGUCACCAUUGAUUGCGAAUUCAAAGGCAAAAGAUCUGCUGCACAGUUCUAUGUCACAGACACACAAGGCCCUGCUAUCAUUGGCCUACCAACGUUGAUUGACCUCAACCUUGUGAAAUUCAAUUGUGCCAUACUCAAACAAGUGUUACACAGCAACACACUAUGGCCCACCACAAGAACCCCUGAGCAACCACCACUAACCACCAGAACCCCCGAACGACCACCAAUACCCAAACCAAUAAAGAGCAAAGAAGAUUUGAUAGAUCAAUACCCAAACUGUUUUAAUGGCAUAGGAAAAUUCGAAGGAGAAUACCACAUAACCACCGACCCAUCAGUCCCACCUGUUAUCCACCCUCCGCGACGAGUUCCAAUCAGUCUGAAAGAUGACAUUAAGAAAGAACUAGACGAGAUGGUUGCAAAUGGUAUCAUAACUAAAAUAAACGAAGGAGAGCCCACAAGAUGGGUAAACAGUCUUGUCUACAAGAGGAAACAGAAUGGACGAUUGCGUUUAUGCCUAGACCCCAAAGACCUAAACACAGCUAUCUUAAGAGAACAUCACGCCAUUCCUACCUUGGAAGAAAUUUUACCAAAAUUACACAAAGCAAAGUUCUUCUCAAUAGUCGAUGCAAAGUGUGGCUAUUGGAAUGUGGUACUUGAUGAAGAAUCAAGCUAUUUAGCUACCUUUAACUCCCCAUUUGGCAGGUACCGUUUCAAGCGUAUGCCCUUUGGGCUGAACAUGUCACAAGACAUCUUCCAAGCAAAGAUCGACCAAACAUUCGAAGGAUGUAGAGGCGUUGUGGGUAUCGCAGAUGAUAUUGUUAUCUCUGGCACAACAGAAGAAGAACACGACCAAAAUCUACGAAGCAUGAUGAGCCGGUGCCAAGACACAGGUCUGAGACUAAACCCUGACAAAUGCCACAUAAAGCAAGAGAAAAUAAAGUUUUAUGGGCUUAUCUGCGGUCCAGAAGGAAUUCAACCAGACCCUGACAAAGUGUCCGCCCUGAAGCAGAUGGCCCCACCGACCAACAGCAAAGAACUACAGACAUUCUUGGGUCUGGCCACCUAUAUGGCACCAUUCAUCCCGAAUCUCAGUCACCACACUGCCUCACUGCGACAGCUACUCAAGAAGGAGAGCAAGUUUGCCUGGGACGCAAGCCAACAGGAUGUGUUUGACAGGAUCAAGAAUUUAAUUUCUGAAGAGGUUACACUAACAUACUUCGACCCAGAGAAAGAGACAGUACUGCAAGUUGACGCAUCAACAAAAGGCCUGGGAGCUACACUCUUGCAAGAAGACAAGCCAGUCGCCUUUGCCAGUAAAGCUUUAACUGACGUAGAAUCACGAUACGCAAACAUCGAAAGAGAACUCUUAGCAGUUGUAUACGGAUGCGAGAAAUUCCACACUUAUCUCUACGGCCGCAGUUUUACAGUCCAAUCUGAUCAUAAACCCCUUGAAUCUAUCCACCUUAAGCACCUUACAUCAGCCCCACCCCGCCUGCAACGGAUGUUGUUGCGCCUACAGCCGUACAGCCUUACAAUCAAGUACCGUCAAGGAGCAGAUAUGGAAAUCGCAGAUGCCCUAUCAAGACUUUCGCCCCAGGAAACAGAGCCCAUCUCUGACAUGGACGUCCAAAUACACGAAAUCUGUCCACAAUUUAGUAGUGGGAUUCUGCAGGAGAUCCGCGUGGCAAGUGCAACAGAUACGGAGCUUAAAGAAUUAAAUGAUGUGGUUUACAAUGGAUGGCCAACGAACAUAAAGCAGGUUCCAGAAAUCCUCAAACCCUAUUGGACCUUUCGUGAUGAGAUCACCACCGAAGAUGGUAUAGCAAUGAAAGGCCAACGUAUUAUCAUCCCCCAUAGUAUGCAGAGCAUGAUACUUACGAAGCUUCACGCAGGUCAUCAAGGGUCCGAAAAAACUAAAUUAAGAGCACGAACAUCGGUUUACUGGAGAGGAAUGAACAGUGACAUUGAGAAGUCGUGCAAAUCGUGCAAUACAUGUCAAGAAAUGCAGAACAGUCAACCCAAAGAGCCACUUAUCCAGACAGAGGUACCGCCAGGUCCAUGGCAUACCAUCGGCACGGACUUAUUUUACCUAGACGGAGCGGAAUACCUAUUGGUCGCUGACUACUACUCAAAAUACCAGUUCGUGCGAGAGGUACCAAAAGGGAAGAGCAGCAGUAGGACAAUCGCGAAUUUAACGAAAGAAAUUUUCAGCGAACAAGGAGUACCCAAAAUCGUAAGAUCCGAUAAUGGGCCCCAUUUUGAAGGACAAGCAUAUAAAGAGUUCGCAAAGCAAUAUAAUUUCCAACAUACCACAAGCUCACCACACUACCCCAGAAGCAAUGGGUUUAUUGAGAGCCAAGUCAAGACUACGAAAAAGACAAUGAAAAAAGCAAGAGCAACCAAUACAGACCCACUCAUGGCUUUGUUAUGCUUACGGGCAACUCCAAUCAACAGCACUCUUCCAUCCCCAGCUGAGCUCUUAUUUGGUAGACCAAUCCAAGACAACCUGCCAAAGAAAAUACCGAAAGGAAAAACAACUGAGGAGGUGACUAGCAGAUUAUUACAGCGGCAAGCUACGCAGAAAUACUACCAUGACAGAAAUACAAAACCGCUCCAACCAUUAAAACCUGGUCAAAGCAUAAACAUCCAAGACCCAAGGACACAAACCUGGAAACCCGCAGAGAUAAAAGAGAAAAUUCAAGAAGUACCCCGAUCUUACAUUAUCACGAAACCAGGAGGAGGAGAAAUCAGACGAAAUCGAACACAGAUACGAGAACGCCCACAAGAUCCAAUGGAACAAGCAUAUCAACAACCCUGUGAGAAAACACUAGACAACCCCGAAACCCCGUUCCCUAAGAGCACCCAAGAAAGCCACCAAUACACAACGCGUAGCGGCAGAAUAGUAGUACCCCCAACACGUUUAGAUAUGUAG